GUGGCGGACAGACCACGCAACGUCAUCCCGUUAGGUGUAUGAAUACACGGAAGGAGCAGGAACGUCAGUAUUUUGCUUUGUUUUGGUAGAAUAUAUUUUAGUGAUUAGCUAGCGUUUAUAGGUCGGAAACGAUCAAUAAUUUGCGAAUGAUCGAAAAACAUCACUGAGCGAUGGUCAAACGCUAUUCAUGACAGAGAGGAACUUUGAGAGAAUACAUAAUUGACCCUGAUGUCAUCCCAGUAACUUCGCUUGAGAGACAUGGCGAGCUGUGGUGAGGUAGACCACACUGUGGACUCUGUGUCCUCUAAGGUGGAAGAUGGAGGGGACGCCUGUACUGGUGACUCCCCCACCUCCCCUAAACCUUCGGCCAACCCUUUGCCGGAGUGUGCCAUCUGCCUCCAGACCUGUGUCUACCCGGUUCGCCUGCCCUGCUGCCACAUCUUCUGCUUCCUGUGCGUUAAAGGAGCCUCCUGGCACAGCAAGCGCUGUGCUCUCUGCAGACAGGAAGUACCUGAGGACUUCCUGGAGCAUCCCACCCUGCUGUCCCCAGAGGAGCUGAAGGCAGCAGCUACAGGGGGGCGAGGAGGAGCCGGGCCGAGCAACGCUGGGCGAGACACUGCCUGGUACUACGAGGGGAGGAAUGGAUGGUGGCAGUAUGACGAGAGGACCAGCCGUGAGCUGGAGGACGCCUUGGCCAAGGGCAGGAAGCGUGCCGAGAUGCUGAUUGCUGGCUUCCUAUACGUGGCUGACCUGGAGAACAUGGUGCAGUACCGCCGCAACGAGCACGGUCGCCGCCGCCGCAUGAAGCGUGACAUGGUGGACAUUCCCAAAAAGGGUGUAGCCGGACUCAGACUGGACCCUGACCCCGCCCCACCAGUAGUGGCCAUGGUAGCUGUUCUGGUCACAACAGCGACAGUGGAGCGGUCAAGCUCUGCUGACGGGGAGGAUGUGACUGGACGGUCACAGGCAGGUCGCUCAGGGGUUCUCAUCCCAGCUCCUCCUGUCAGACCCCCUACAGUCCUGGGGGCCCACCCUGCCACCCCAGCCUUCAUCUCCCUGGAAGACUCUCUGUCCCAGCUCCUCAUCAGCCAACCAGAGGGGGAAGAAGAGGAGGAUGAAGAGGUAGCUUUAAGCAUGAGCCAGGCGUACGAGUCAGCAUCUGGUAGCAGUGAGGAUGAGGAUGGUGGUGGUGAUGAGGUAGACCAGGAGAGGAGGGGACGAGAAGUAGGAGUUCGACGGAGGACCAGAUACAGACUCUUACAGCGGUGGCUCAGGGAGGUCCAGCCUGACAGACUGCCACCUGGUGGUGGGUCCUCUGGCGGAGGCCUUACUGUGCGCUCACGCAGCCCUGACGGUCAGUGCAGUGUCACUGAGGUGUGACCACAACUGGACCACUGUCUCUGCACUCAUCCCGGCUCAGCAAAAAAGCGCAUUCACUUCAUGCCCAUGGUGGUAGUGAAGAACCCAGGGGAAGAUAGCAGAUCAGCCAUUUCCAUUACAUAUACUGUUCAGUCAGGCACAUAUGCUAAUCAAUAGUUUAUAAUAAUAUGUCAGCCAGCAAGAUUAUGCAACAUUGCACACAAUGAAAUAGCCCAUACUGCUCCACUGUCUGCCACUGUAACCAUUUGCGUUGGUAAUAAAUAUUUGAAGAGAAAUGGUGAAAUGAUAAAGGUUUGAGAUUUGGAGGGGACUUAACCUUUUAAAUGUAGCAUCCCAUCUCUAACCGGAGACAAAAAAUAAUUAUUGUUUUGUUGUACAUUGUUUUUUGCUGUAAGAAAUGUAUUUUCUCAUCUCUAUUGUGUGUGUGUGUGUGUGUGCGUGCUCUUUUGUCUGUAUUGAGGUCAUAUUCCAUCUUAAUAUAAAAAGUGUGUGCUUGUGUUGUGUGUGUGAAAGGUGAUGAGAGCCUACUGGUAGAGAGGUCUUGACCCUAGAGACGAGUGACGAUUUCUAUGACUUGUUCUAGUAUUCUAUGGAAACAGUGGAUGGGAGAUGUAUUGUGAGUGUUAAUGAGUCUGUUUUGAAGUUUGAACCUAUUAUUUGAACUCUUCUGUCAACAAAGUAUUUUUGACUUAUUUAAUAUGAUUUAACAUAUGUGUGUGGUCUCAUUGUUUAACUGUGUUUUCUCAAACAAUAAAGAAAAAGUCAUGAGUUCAAUUUUA